CUUGAAAACUUCUUGUAUUUAAGAUUUAAGGGCCAGGAAUAAUCACAAACUCCUCGGGCGGCCGAUCGUAAUUUCAUAAAUCUUUCUCAAGAAAAAGGAAGAAAUUGUUGCCUCUUUCAAUCUCGGGCGGCGAGGAUGUCUACGCCGUCGAGGAAACGAUUGAUGAGGGAUUUCAAGCGUUUGCAGCAUGACCCUCCGGCCGGCAUCAGCGGCGCACCAUAUGAUAAUAACAUCAUGCUGUGGAACGCCGUUAUUUUUGGCCCCGAUGACACUCCUUGGGACGGAGGUACGUUUAAGUUGACACUUCAGUUCACAGAGGAUUACCCAAACAAGCCACCAACAGUGCGAUUCAUCUCCCGGAUGUUCCAUCCAAAUAUUUAUGCAGAUGGAAGUAUUUGCUUGGAUAUCCUGCAAAAUCAGUGGAGUCCAAUAUAUGACGUGGCAGCUAUUCUUACAUCUAUCCAGUCGCUGCUUUGUGAUCCAAAUCCGAACUCACCGGCAAAUUCUGAAGCAGCUCGGAUGUUUAGUGAAAACAAGCGUGAAUAUAACAGGAAGGUGCGUGAGAUCGUUGAGCAGAGCUGGACAGCAGACUAAAUAAUCCCUGAGGAUAUGCGAAAGAAGAUUGUCAGUUACUUGGGUAAGAUUAAUAUUACAUGUUUUUUCUCCGACUGUGUCUCUGAAAUGGGAUCGACUGGUGCAGGAAAAACGUUGUCAAGAUCAUAUAUCUUGUGUUUGGCUUAGGGAUUGCAAGUUUUUAUUAUUUGAUGUGCAACGUUACCUUCUUGUGGCUGUGAAUGUGCAUAAUGAUUUCAUCUUGUAUUUGAUUGUUGAAAAUUGAAUGGAACUCCAUUUUCAUUAACCUUA